AUGCAGACCGCUGCCACUCGUGGCGGAUUGAGGCCGGCCGCUCCAACAUCUUCGACGACCUAUCGGCCCAACCCAAUCACCAGCCGCACGAUACCCGCUGCUGCGUCAACGUCGCUGCACACCAACAGACCCACGACGGCGGCUCCGCCCAAUGGCUACGCGCCCAAGCCCAUCGGCGCCGCUGCGGUUGUCACGUGCGACCUCACCAACGACUCGGAGGACGAUCAGAGCGACGGCUUCAUGCUCAAGAGCCUCGACUUCCGCGGCACCCAGAGCGCCGUCGAUGCGCCCACGAAGAGCCGCCAACAGGGCGCCAGCGCGGCGGGAACGGAGAUGGACGCGUUUGCCGAAGACGCCUACGCGUUCGCACUGGCGCUGGGCGAGGAGGAGGAGAAGGCGAGGCAAGUGCAGGCCGAGUCUUAUCGCCCAGUCCCGCUCGGGACCACCACGACCGCGCGAAGCUCCUACCAGCCCCCACCACCUGCCAACAACACUACGACCAAACCGUCAUCAUCGCUAGCGCCUGUGGGACGCGGACGAGGGGCCGCGCGUCAGAACGUCCGAAAUCCACCACCUCAGCCUUCCAGCCACGCUACCGCCACAGUAAAGGAGACCAAGCCGGCGUAUGCCCCGUGGCAACCGCAGCAGCAAAAGCAGGGCAACAAAGAGGCGCCGAUUCUGCUGGUCGACGAGAGCGAAGCACAAGCGGAUGCUCCCAAGGUGGCCUACGAUCCGAUGAAGCACGAGAGCAGCAACAGCGAGAGCUACGACGACGACAGCGGGUGGCUGUACGAUGCCAUCGUCGCCGAGUCAGACAUAGCGGGCAAGGGCGUUGAGGACACGGGAGAAAACGACAAAAAGCGGAAACGCGGGAACGGCUACGACGGUGCGGACAAACCGCGGACGCCCUCGCGGAGCGGAGGACACAGCAAGAAGGACUACGCCGUGCCCACGGACGAGCCCAGCUCGACCGUGUUCUCCUCCGGCGGCGAUUCGCUGUUGGCAGUGCCGCAGACCAACCCCGACCCCGGGCCAUCGCUACCGGUGGCAGCCGGUGCGGUGAACGUACAACGCGAACCCGACGGCGGCCCGAUCGUGUUGGAUGGCGGGCUCUUGGACGACCUCAUCCUCGUUCAAGCCCUGGAGCAGCACGAAGGCGGCAAGCAAGCGCGAAAAGAUGAGUCUCUUCCCGAAGUCGCUGCAGUCCCUUCGUCAUCGACGUUCUCAGAAGGUGAUGACGUACUGAGCAUCAACCCCUUGGCGUCGACCGGAUUCAGCGUCCCCGAACACGUUCCAUCUUCUUUCUCCUCUUCCUCAUCGGCGGGCAGUGUGCCCCAAGUGCCCGCUUUCGAUGUGCGAGGCCAAGCGCCAGCGGACGAUGUGGCGCGGGUCAAGCAAGAGAACUACCAGCUCGCGCAGGCAAAGAUCCGAGCUGAAGAGGAGAAGGAGCGGCUGGAGCGUGAGCUCAUGGCCAUGCGACGGCAGAUGCAGCAGAUGAAAGCCGAGCAGGAGGCCAGUAUCGAGCAUCUCAAGAAGAACGUCAAGUCUGCCACGGCGAGCCGGGCGACACUCGAGGAGAAAAACACGACCCUGAACCAACGACUAGUGCAGGACAGCAGGUCGCUGCAACGACAAAUCACCACUCUGAGCGAUCAGCUGGCCUUCAAGGACAGGGAGCUGGCAGGGGCCGAAGAGACCAAGCGGCGGCUACUCGCCGAGCUCGAGGAGGAGCGGAAGCGGAAGCUACUGCCCACUCGUCCCGCGGCAGCCGACGACGACGAACGCCUCAAGACGCUGGCCGUCAGCAGGCGCGAGAAGCGGUCCUCGACUUCGGGCGCUUCGCGAGAGGCCGAGGAGCGUGCCAACAGGGAGGCCAAGCUUCAGUCCACCGGCCUUGCCCCUCUGGUUCGCAUGUCGGAAGUGGGCAUUUUGCAUCACUUGCUGGACGAGAACAUGUCAGGCCACCUCUUCACGCUGCUGGGCAGCAACACGGCCAAUUCGACCUCGCUUGCGCAGGCCAACGCUGACGUGGCGUCUACCGAAUCAUCCGCCAGCGCGGUGCUGCUUCUGUUUAGGAACCACUCGUCUCAGUCGCUUCGAGAGUCGCAGACCGAGAGCGAGCGUACCGAGAUGCAGGACAAGCGGCGCAAGUUGGCGCAAGAGCUGCGGCUGACCAUCGCCAAGGUGCUCCACGAGCGGGCGUCGCUCGCCACCAUGCUGCCUCUCCUCUCCGACUUCAUCGUGCUCGUCAAGAAGCGCACGGCGUCCAGCGGCGGCGCUCUUCCGCACCACCACAAGGCCAAGGAGCGAAGCGAAUUGUCGACAUCCACGUCAGCAGCGGCGGCCAGCCCCGCUGAGGACUCGGCGGCCAUGUCGCUUCUCUUCUCGGCGCUCAGCGUGCUGCACGUGCUGGUCGAUGGGUCGGAGCGGUGCCGGAGGGCCAUUCUGUGGGACGACAAGGACGAGCUAGAGGAGCGCGAGCGGCGCAAGAACGAGUCCGCCGCAAACCAGGGCAAGAGCGUGGCUGCUGCUGCCGCCGUCGCGCCGCUGCCGCCGCCGGUCAAGAUCGAGGUUAACGGCGAAGAGCCGACGCACGGCGGUGGGAUGGCGCCGCACAGCCACCUGCGCAGCUCGCGUAUUUUGGUCGGCAGGCCCUCGAUGACCGGCGGUGGGAUGGUCGACAAGAUGGAGGUCGAGGGCAAGGCCAAGGACAAGGGCAAGGAGAAGAUGGAUGUGGAGGACGACGAGCAGGCGGCAGCGGCGCGCGAGGCCCUCAGGCGGACGCGGUCGCUGGCGUCGCUCUUCCUGCUGGGGAAGGACAGCGAGCUCGACGAUGACGACGAUGACUACGGUGACGCGUGCGGUGAGGGCGAGCAGGACUUCUUCGCCAUGCUAGCCCAGCACGACGCACAGCACGGCGGAGGCGAGACCUCUGUGAACGCCGCCGAGGACCGAUUCCAACUGCUUCCGCCCUAUCUCGACGUCAUCCGCGGGCGACAGAGCACCGCCGCCGUCGCCGCCAACGGCCAAAGCUCGCGCGGCGAUGGCGCUGCCAGCACGACGACAACUUCGACGUUGUCGGCGAGGGAGAGGCGACAGCAGGCCAAGAUCAAGAGCCGCGCCCACGUCCACGUGCCCAAGCUGCUCGGGCUGCUGAUCAAUCGGGUCCUCAAGCGGAGGGAGAUAUCGCUGGGCAAGCACGGAGAGAUCAUCUGCAAGACCCUCCAGGUCCUCAACACGCUCGCCUGGCACUGCCCGUCUCACCUUCUCCACAAGUUUGAGCCGUUGUUCACGACCAACCUGUUGUUCUCGUUUCUGGGCCGCACGACCUCGUUGCCCAUCAAGGAGCUCACCGUCGACAUCCUUCUCAAUCUUUUCCGAAUUCCUUCAUAUCUGCCUAUGUUGAAGAAGACGGCGAAUGGAGGCCUCACACUGCUGGACAGGGCCAUCAAGUACCUCGGCGCCGAGCACUACGACCCUGCCGAGAUUCGGCGCCUGCGCUGCAAGGUCAUCCGUCUCGUUUCGCUCGUCGAGAUGAAGUACAAGGACGUCAGCUUCGAAGUGCUGCACUCCAAGAAGGAGAAGGCAACAAACCUGUUCGUGUCCCUGGGCGUGUCCCUUGCGGGGAUCAGUGCCAGCCUCAUUCGCGAUAUCGUGAACCUGCUCCUGCUCCUGCUCAACCACCUGGGGAGCGAUACCGCCGUCAGCCACGCCACUCCCGCUUUGCACUAUUAUCAUCGGGCGACGAAUCUGCUGGCCUCGCAGGCCGUGCACGGGCUGGUGGCCGACCUGGCGACCUCCGCAGCCCACGUCCACGCCUCCAUAUUCAGGGAGCACACCGCCGAGAGCGCCGAGGAGGGCGCUGUGGGCGACUGA